UUUAGUGAUUAUAGUAACAUUUUAAAAUAAAGUUAUGACUUUCACAUCUACAACAGAUACAUCUAUGGUAUUUACAUCUAUGGCUGAUAUAUCUACAGUUUUUACAUCAACAACAUCUAUGACUUUAACAUCUUCAACUGAUAUAAUACCAACUGAAAAUAAAGAGUUCAAUGGCACUUGCUUGUCAUCUCAAACAAUAAAUGCAAAAUAUGUUGUGCAUUCGGAGCUUCAGCAUCUAUUCAGAGAGAAAUCAGUAUCUCGAAAACGAAGAAAAAUACUUAAUGAAAUUUAUCAGACAGAAAGAACUUAUUUUCAUCAUUUGACAUUGUUGACCACACUUUUCCUUGAUCCUAUCAAAGUCUCUAUGGUAUUAUCAUCAAAAGUUAUUGAUGGUAUUUUUUCAAAUAUCGAAGCUAUUCAUUCUGUCAGUGCUAAUUUACUUGAACAAAUGGAUGAGAAUGGUGUUCUUUGUGCUCUGCUGAAACUUGCACCCUACAUGAAACUUUACUCUUUAUAUGCAAAUAAUUUUGAAAAUGCAGAAAGAUUGCUGACUGAAUGGCAAAAUAAAAGUCCAGAUUUUGCAAGACUUUUACAAUUUCAAGAAAAUUUAGAAGAGAUGCAAAAUCUGAGAAUGCGUGCUUUAUUAAUCACUCCUGUUCAAAGAGUACCUAGAUAUCGCUUACUAUUAUGUAGUCUUCUUGAACAUACACCAACUUAUGAUCCUGAUUAUUUAAAACUAAAAGAAGCCUAUGAUGAAAUAAGUAAAGUUGCUACUCAUAUCAAUGAAUGUAUUCGUCAGCAUGAAAACUUUCAAAAAAUGUUGGCAAUACAGAAGAGCUUCAGUGGAGAUAAUGCUCCAAAAGUAUUGGCACCAGGAAGAUUCUUUCUUAAGGAGGGGCCAGUUAUCAAGAUAACAGAUCGUGGUAACUCUAAAGAACGCACUCUUUUUUUGUUCAGCGACAUACUAAUAGUAGCUAGAAAAGAAUCAUCAAGUUUAUAUCAAUGCCGAGAUAUUUAUCCACUUGUGGAUUGUUUGAUUGAACAAGUAAUGGGAAACUCGCAAGCUGGAGGAAACUUAUUCAAGAUCAUUUGCAAAGAAAAUUCAGUUUUGUUUUGUUCACAACAAGAAAAGCAGGCAUGGGUCAGUGAAAUUAAAAAUGCAAUAAAUGAACUUCACAGAAAUUUAUCAUCCCUUCAACGAGAUCCUAUGCUUUCAAUUAAAUACCUUCAAAAAGAAAAAAGAAAACCACUUACUCCUUUAAAAAUCUCGAAAAAUUCUUCAUCAAAUCAAAUUUCUUCUCGCCAAAAAAAACAUAAUCAACAAAACAGCUUCUCAACUAAUGAUGCUAAGGGAUUAUCAUUUUUGCAUAAUCAUCUUCAUAACUCAUCUAUGGACAUCGAAAACCAUAAUUUACAAUCAUUUAAUGACAGUUUAUUCUAUCGCUUGCAUUCGAAUAGCGAGGAUAGAACUGAAUUAGCAGCUAACUCUAAUUUAUUCACAGAAGACGAAGUUUUUAUAAGUACUCGAUUAAGCUCCGUAACAUCAGCAAAUACACGGCUAAAUUCUUUGUCAUCAAAGUCAGCUGACUCUCGUAAAUCAUCUAUUGGUAAGAUUAACUGGUCAGUAACUGAACCUAAACCAAUUGAAUGUCGGCCAUCAAUUCACUCAGACGAUCAACAUGGGAAAAUAGGUUGCUCAUCUGUGAAACGUAUGCUUAGACAGAGUCAAAAUAAAAAUAUAUAUAGUAAAAAGGUGCUAAAUGAACAUAAGGAUGCAAGUUUACCCAAUGCUAAAAAUGAAAUUAGGGAACUCAAGGAGACGCCAAACAAAUUGUCCCCUAAUUCAUGUGUGCUUAUGUGAAUGGAUUAAUCUCGCUGUUUCGUUUUUCUAUUUAUUUGUUUUUGGAAAUAUUUUUAUAUUAACUGCGUUAAAGAAGUUUUGAAAUAAAUUCCCCUGACAAUUCCCCCCUUCAUAUUUUAUAUGUUUUCGGUUUAAAUAUGUCUUAUAUAUGUGACUUAUUUAAUAUGAAGUUUUUAAUAUUUCAUUGUAAUUGGUUUAUUAUUUAUUUUUUUAUAUAUUUUCUAGUAUUUGCGUUUAAAAAGAGGUGUUAUUUGAUAUAUAUUAUAUAGGUUGA